CCCCGCCUGCUGAAAGCGAUCAAGAGGUGGCUCUUCCCAGCCUCCAGCGGCUUCCUGUUCCUGCUCUCCUUGGUCAUGACCGGCUGCUUCCUGUGGCAGUACCACCUCCCCAAGAUGCAGACUGGUUCCUUGGGACCAGAGGUGACCUCUGUGCCCGUGAGGAUGUGCCCCCAGCACCCAGAACCUGUGCCUCUGGCUCACCCGCUCCCAGUGUUGAAGGAGGCCCUGGAAAAGGUGGAUGGGAUCCUCAGCCAGGCCAUGUCGGCCCCGGGUCUGGCUGCCAUGUCUGCAGUUGUCAUCCACAAUGAUACCGUGCUCUGGACGGGGAACUUUGGGAAGAAGAAUGGCUCAGACCCCAAUUCCGGGGCCCCCAACGAGCACACCAUGUACCGGAUCGCCAGCAUCUCCAAGAUCUUCCCCGUCCUUAUGCUGUACCGCCUGUGGGAGGAGGGCACUGUGGCCUCCCUGGAUGACCCUCUGGAGCGCUAUGCCAGCACCUUCACCAUUCACAACCCACUGGGCAUGGCCUCAGCCCCCCAACACCAAGGCCUGAUGGAUGGGCUAGAUGAGGUGGGCCCAGCUCCCAGGCCUUCACCUGUUACCCUCCGAAGGAUGGCCAGCCAACUCUCAGGGCUGCCCAGAAGGCUGCGCUCCACGUCGCUGCUGUGGAGGGGCAGCACCCAGGAGGCCCUCAGCCUGCUCAAGGAUGAUGUGCUGGUGGCUGACCCAGGAACCAGGUGCCACUACAGCACGCUGGCUUUCUCGCUGCUGGCGCAUGUGCUGGCGGCGCACACAGCCCAGGGCGACUACCAGCGCUGGGUCUUGGAGAACGUGCUGGAGCCACUGGGCAUGGCGGACACAGGCUUCGACCUGACGCCCUCGGUGCGCGCCCGCCUGGCCGCAGGCUUCUACAGCAGCGGGCGGCCGGCGCCGCUCUACGACCUGGGCUGGUACCGCCCGUCGGGCCAGAUGUACUCCACACCCUCCGACCUGGCCAAGCUGGCCGUGGCGCUGCUGGGUGGGAGCCCCCGGCGGCUGCUGCGGCCAGACGCGGCCAAGACGCUGCUGGCGCCCGUGCUGGCCUGUCCCACCGCCUACUUCGCCCCCGAGACGGGCACGCCGUGGGAGUUCCACGCGCAGCGGGGCCACCGCGUGGUGCGCAAGGACGGCGACCUGGACGGCUACGCCGCCACCUUCUCCUUGGUGCCGCCGCUGCGCCUGGGCCUCGUGCUGCUGCUGGCCGGGCCCCGGCCGUCCGGGCGCGACCUGGUGGCCGACGCCUACGACGUGCUCGUGCCCGCCCUGGAGCGCGCGCUCCGCGAGGCAGAGCGCAGCCCCGCGCCGCCGCCCAGCGCGCGCCCCUUCGCGGGCUACUUCACCUUCGCCAACAUCACCUUCUACGAGGUGCGCGCCGGGCCGGCGGGCGAGCUGCGCCUGCGCCAGUUCGGGCCCCGCGUGGAGGCGCUGGUGCCGCCCGCCUUCCGCACGCUCGCCCUGCGCCACGUGCGCGGCCGCGUCUUCCAGCUGCACGUGGCCCGCGAGUUUCCGUGUUCGCUGCCGCUUGGCGGCGACGCGUCGCUGUCGCUGGAGACCCAGCACGGGCAGCUCGUGCACUUCUACCCCCUGGAUCCCCACGGGCUGUCGCCAGGCUUCGACGUGCCUGGCCUCAACACUUACCGGGUGCUGCGACUGCAGCGCAAGCCCGUGUUCAAGACGCAGUGA